AUGCAUCGUCCGGGAUACAUACCCAAUCCCAAUAGCAACCCACCCAGGCUUCCGGCCGGCGUCAUUCCCUACAACAACUUUUUUCUGACGGCUGUCACAGCUGGUAGCCUCCCGCCGGGUGUCCGUGCUCCCGGCAACCUCGCACCGAAUCCACACCCUUCGCACGCAGCCAACGUCACGGCAAUCCGACCGCCUCAGCCAAACACCCACCAGGUAAACAACAACGCCAACAACGUCGUGCGUCUGGCGCCUCCGAAUGUGCCUCCGGCACCAACACCCUCGCUGCCCCUCCGACUCCUGAAACCGAACAAGGCGAUGCAGUCGAAGCAGACCACGCUGAACCCCAACAUGGUCUGCGCCAAGGAUCUGGCCAUCUACGCCAUGGCCAUUGCCAAGGGUCCUACGUCGUCGUUGGCUCAGCAGUUUCUGCCGGUGCGUCGUGUGGACGCGGAAACGGCGAUUGUGAAGGCGAUUAACACGGAUCUGUGCGCCCGCGACGCCCUCGGCAUCUACUCGGAGUCGCCGUUUCUGCGGCCGGUCGCGCUGCUGCGGCCGGUCAAGUUCGCCGCGCCCUCCAGCCUCCUCUACCAAUACCCCGACCCCGACAACAUGAUCCGCACGCUGCGCGACCUCGCCGAUCAGAAGGUCUCCUCUGUGCCGCUGAUGGCGGUCAUCUCCGGCAGCAAACCCAACGCCCUCACCCUGGGCUUCCACACGGACUACAUGAUCCACGUCUUCAACAUCGAACUGGACCUCAACCUCAUCGGCUUUCUCAACGAACAAGCCAAAUCGACGAACAAUCGAUUGGACAAGUAUCGAGUGGUGCUGCGUCUGGCCUGGGCCACACAAGGCCUCUACGUGCCCAAGUCCCCGCACAACUCCAACCGCGCCCUCGCCGCCGAAGUCCUGCCUCGUUGUCUGGCGGUGCGCGUGGCCCGUCGAAACGUCCCCCUUCCCGACCCCAUCUUCCACGGCGGACAGGCCACUAAACUCGGCCACCGGCUGCGCUUCUCCAUCGACAUCACGGACAAGAUCCCCAUUCGCGCCACCAACCUGGUGCGCACGCGGAACGUAGAAAUCGAGCUGACGUGGCUCCACGCUCCGCUGGAGGACCACGCGGCCCCCCUGCUCGAGGUGGUUGGUUCCGGUACCUGCUCCCCCAUCAUGAACCACGUGAUCAAUAUGCCCCUGGUGCAGGUCACCCUCGACCGUGUCCAGACCAUACCCCAGUUCGUGCGAGAGUUCUCCACCGCGGUGGCUGGCAAACCCUGCGACGUGGGCUUCCCAGCGAUGCCUUCUGCCGCCGAUAGCGUCUACGGCGGUUACCGUCUGCCCAAGUUUACUCCCGAUCAGCUGUUCGGCUGCUACGAUUUUUGUGCCUCUACCGAGAGAGUUAUAUCGGUUCCUAAAACAUUGGAAAUGCUCAAAAAGAAAAUAUCUUCUCAAGACGAUCUGCUCUGUGAUGAUUGGAUCCCAGUCACCCUGCUCUGUCCCCUCACCUUAACUCGAAUCGAAGUUCCCGUUCGGUCAGUAAAUUGUGAUCACCUUCAGUGCUACGACCUCGCUUCUUACCUGACAAUCAAUAAACAGCGUCCAAGGUGGACGUGUCCCGUUUGCAGUGGUCCCGCUCCUUUCCGCGACCUGAGGAGGGACGACUUCUUCCUGCAGUUGCUGCGCGACAAAUCAGUAGGCAACGCGGAGCGUCUUCAAGUGGACGCCGAUGGGCAUUGGCGCAGGGCCGUGGACACGGCAAGUGAGCUGGAGAACAGCAGUCGCCUGCGCCAAAACGGCCACGACCAGCGCGCCUCGGGCAGCGAGGCGAGGCGUUGCGAAGACGCCGGCGGAGAGUCGGCCAGCCCCUCGGACAGCGCUCUUCUCACGCCAAUCAAAACGGACCGUCAGGCAGCAGCGGCGGCGGCGGCCCCACGAAGCGGUGGUGUCGACACCUCGCCCUGCAUAAUCAUUCUCGACUCGGACGAGGAUGCGGAGGAGGAUGCGGCUACCGGUGUGCCUGAUCCUGCGCCCAUUCAUUCUCCACCUCCGCCGUCUUUCCCACCUGUGACGAAGCCUACAGCACCGCCGGUCUUCUUUGUUGAUUUGACCGCGAGCUCGGACGAGGAAGAAUCUCCACCCCAGCCGCCGGCGCCGCCACCACCACCACCACCCCCACUAAUACCUGUAAACCCCCCACCGACAGCAGUUCCGCACCGGCCGCCGCCUCAGCCAUCACCGAAGCAUCAAGCACCGACACCCCAACGCCAGAUUCUAGUCAUUCCAACACCUCAGUCGACAGACGCACCACCGGCCGUUCGGCAGCCAAGUAUUGCCGGCCUUGUGCCGCCCAAUCCGAACCCUGCUGCUCUCGACCUUCAAACCCGCUUGAUCGAGUCGCUGACCUCGCAGAGCAACCGGAUCGUGUUCCUACCUACCUCACAGUCUCUGCCCGCAACCGUCACUACUCCACCCACAACAGCAGUGGUGGCGCAGUCUCUCGAAUCCACGACAACGACCCCCGCCAAUCCGACGAGUAGCGGCAAGCGACCGACUGCCUCUUCCGCGUCCGCAAGCACCCACGGCUCCUCCGGCGGACGCUCCGCGAGCUCCAGCCGCUUCAAGGUCACCGCGAAGCGUCGAUGCACCGCCUCACCGCCGCCUCCACCACCUACGACGUCUGCUGCUGCUGCUGCUCCGUCAUCCAGCCAAUCCGCGUCAGCGCGGUUGCCCGACUCCACAGAGGUAAUGCCUGCUGCAGCCCAGAACCCCCAGCAUGUUCUCUUGUUCCUGCCUGCUUCCGUCUUCGAUCGACUCACUCAUAACCCCUGUACUAAGCAAUUAUAG